GCCCGACCCGGCACGCCCGACCCGGCUCAGUGGCUGGCCGGCCCUCGGGGAGCCUCCGAGGCGCCGAGGCGACGUCCUCCGCACCCCGUCCUAGGCAACCAGACCCAUGCGAGCGGCCUCCACAUGGCCCUUCUAGAGGAGUCCACCCAGGUCGAGACCUCUACGGACCCUUCGGAGUGGAACGGUACCACGUUAUCCUCGCCGGAAGCGCAACCCCUCGACGUGACGCCCGAAGAGCUGCUCAUCGUCCUCUUCGUGCUGGUGCUCUGGGUGGCGGCCAUCGCCCUCUUCAUCAACCGCUGGGGCAAGAUCCGGAUGCUCGAGCCGUACCAGCCGAAGUUCCAGCAACAGCAGCAGCAUCAACACCGGGCAGCGAGUGGGUCCCUCGCCCUUGCUCCGACCCCGGUCCAGGUGGCGCCACCGAGUGUGCCCUCCGGACUGCUGCGACCUCCAGGGUCGUCUCAUCAACCUCGGAGGAGUAGUGCUGUACCCUGGUCGGAACUGAACUCCAGUGCUCCGCUGUUGGAAGCCAGCCCAAGACGCGCCAGGAGCGCCUUCGACCUUCAAGUGCUCACCGAGGCGUGCGUCGACCUGGACGAGGGGCCUCCACUGCUGCAACUCGCAGCGUGCGGAGACCCUGUCAAGAAGCCUUCCGGGAGGCCUCCGAACCGCCGGAGAUGCCGCUCCGGGGAGAGGACAUCGGAGAGACCCAAUCCUCGGCGACGAGAACGCGUGUCUCGCGUGUAACGCGCAUCAGUCGCGGUCGCGACCAAGCCAGGGGGGUGACAUUGCCAUGUAUUGGGGUGUAACGCUUAUGCACUACCGCCAUCUUCGGUUGGAGUAAACCUUUCUCGCGAACUAAAUUAUUCGACGGGCUAUUCAAAUUCAUUUAUUAAACGAAGGAAUAUUUCCGGGAUUUAAAAUGUACUUGGGGGUGACAUUGCCAUGUAUUGGGGUGUAACGCUUUAUGCACUACCGCCAUCUUCGGUUGGAGUAAACCUUUUUCGCGAACUAAAUUAUUCGGUGGGCUGUUGAAAUUCAUUUAUUAAA